AUGGGCAUCAACGGACUUAUACAGUUUUUAUGUGCACGAUUUCCGGAUUCCAUUGUGGCCACGCCAACGCUCGAAGGCCUAGGAGGCACGCGCAUUUUUGUGGACUGCGCAAUAUUAUUACGACGAAACCUACACGCAGCAGCAACAGCAAUACUAUCAAGAAGACGGUUGGAAUACUCAAGAGCAUCAGAGGCCGAACGACAGUUCAUAGAUGUACGAUCAAUUAGGAACGAAAUAUGUAAUCAUGCAACAAAACCGUUACUUAGAUUGAAUCAACAACUACGGGCUGUAAGGUCUAAUGGUGGAACCCAAGCUACCUUUGUCCUAGGGUCAUCCAUCACAGUCCGAGACCUGUACAUAGCCAGCAAGACAGGGAGCCCAGAUCACGCUACAAAUGUAUUAGAUAUUAGAAAUCAGCAUCUAGUACCAGCUCUGCGUGCGUUCUUUGAACGAAAGGCAUCGGGGAGACUGUAUGCCGCACCCAGCGAAAAGGAUAUGUUAAUGAUCGCACAAAGGUUGACCGAUGCAUUCGCCCGCGUAGAAGUAAGGCAACCUGAUAUUGCAAGGCGCUGUGUUGAAUUCUGCGAUCAAGAAGAUGACCAUGUACUCUCGGACGAUACGAACACAAUAGCAUAUGGAGCACCGAACGUUAUCAGGGACUAUUUUGGGAGGAACGUUUGUAACACUAUCAAUCAACGCAAAAUGCUACAACUUAUGGGUUUGACACGGUCACAAUUUAUUGAUUUCUGUAUAUUAUGCGGACUGGAAGGAACACCGCUCAUACCACAUAUCGGUCCUGAACGAGCAUAUCGCAUAAUAUCCAAUUUCAAGACACUAGAGGCUUUCCUCGAAUCCACGGUACUAGAGAGUGUACUCAGGGCACCAAAUGUCGCCAAGAGUUUAGAAAAGGUAUUGUAA